GUCGCAAACUGCUUCACAGGCAUGCUGCAGAAUGAACUCUUCCAAGAAAAGGAAAGAUAAUUCCUUUAACGUUGCAUUAAAUAAUGCCAAGCAGAUAAAGUCUAGCUCAGAAAUUGGAAGCAAACUGUUAAAUAAGUUUUUCUUAGAAGAGGACUUCAAAGUUAAAUUUGCAAAGGCAUUCAGGUAUGUAGAAAGAGUGAAACAUCUGUUGUCUUGAGACAUCAUUCAGUUGUAAUAAUUUCCUGUAGCAGCUGAUUUAAUUUAUGUCUUUUCUCUAGGGACUUGGAGUGUUUUAAUGGUGAGCGUCACACCCCGGUCUAUGGUCUCUUUAAAAUGCUUUUGUGUGACAUUAUAUUCAUGGUUAAGUGACUCAUUUUUUCUUUUCUAUCUUUUUCAAUAGAGAAAGGAUCAGUCAUACAUACGUCGCCAUUUAAGUGCUGUCUUAUUCCUAACUUUAUCUCAGAUGAAGAAUUUUUAGAGGCUUUAGGAAAGGAACUUAUUGAACUUAAAUUUUUUCAGAAGUCAAAUGACUUAUAUAAAUUUCACCAGGUAAGCUGGUAAAAAGAUUUGUUGUAACCUUCUUCACUUCUUAAUAUUAUUAUCUUCAAAUUCUUGUACUUUGCAAUCUUUACCUUAAUUAAUUCACUUUGCUUGCCUUAUGUACUUUAGAGUGACGACUUAAAAAAGUCAUCCAAGCCAAAUAUCACUUCUCUAAGGUUUGCUCAUUAGGUUUUUUUACUCCUAACAGCUCUAAAAUAGUAAAUGACCAUAUACAACAACAACAACAACAAUCUUUAUUUGCACUCACUCUCUUGCCCAACAAUAACUUUUGACAAUGAAAAUGUUACAGGUAAAAUUGGGGAGCAAGGGUGGCGUUGUAGUAAGAGCACUCACCUCCCACCAAUGUGACCCGGGUUCAACUCCUGGCAUUGACGCCAUAUGUGGGUUGAGUUUGUUGUUGGUUCUCUCCUUUGCUCUGAGAGGUUUUUCUCCGGGUACUCCAGUUUUCCCCUCUCCUCAAAAACCAACACUUCCAAAUUCCAAUUCGAUCUGGAAUACACGGACACAUUUAAACGAGUUCAUAUGAACUCCUAAGUUCUUCGUGGGUAAAAUAAAAAAAGCAAUUUACAAUUUUAUUUUACAUUUACAUUUUUUUUACUGGCUGCCUGGAAUAACCAUAGGGGCUAGUGGAGCCAGGCAGCCAGUUGACAUCAGCAUCAAAAAGAAAAUAUAAUUUAAAGGUCAGCAAGAUUUCGCUGACUGCUCUUGAGUACUGAAUUUGUUUCUGUUACAGUAAAUGGUCUAAAAAGGACAUGGUUGGACAUGGUUUAUCUUGAAAGUGAUAAUGGUAGUGUUAACAACUGUUAAAUGUUGAUUGAACUGAGUACUGGUGAUAAUGAAUGAUAAUCAUAGGUGGCUCAUCAUCCAAUUAAUUAUUGUUAAUUUAUUUUCUCAGGAACAUAUUAUAUAAUGAGUUUAGAAUGUGGCUCCAAGACAUAACUGGUUUUACUGAUCUCACUGAUCAAGUUGACAUGUCAUGCUCUAAAUAUGAACAUACAGGUGAAUAACUCAUGUGAUGGCUGCUUGAUUCUCCCUACUAAUUGCCUUAAUCUUUUUUGUGAAACAAAAAGAGAAUUUCACUUUAGAUCAACCCCUUUAAUUAGCCAUUUGAUUCAUAAUGCUGUCAAUGUCAGGUCAGAUGCUCACUGUUUAAGAUAAGCUUAUGCAGCAAGCAUUUCUGAAGGAGUUGUUUUGAAAAUUCACAGCUGGAAAUCACUCUGAAACUUUUGCUCUGAACUCCCAUGAAAAUUUUUGCCACCUAGGCCAGUAUCUUGUAAACCAUAAAAUUAUAUGGUUAUAUAAAAGUCCUACUAACAAAACAAUAUUUGAUGUUUAAGAUACAUUGUUAUGCCACGAUGAUGAACUUGAAGGAAGACGAAUUGCUUACAUAUUUUACUUGGUUCCACACAACUGGGACAAAAGUGAUGGAGGUACUGUUCACAUUUUCUCUUAAAACAAGAAAUAAUUGAUUCAUUGGACAAGUGUUUAAAUUAAAUAUUAACAAAAAGAGGAUUUGUUGUUGGGGAUCUACCUAAUGAUAUUAUUAUAUUGUAAUGCUUGAAAGUAUUAUAUUAUUUAUUUUUGAAUUUACUCUUUUCCUGUUUCUUAGGAUCGCUUGAUCUAUUUUCAACAGAUGGUAAGGAAAUAGUUAUCAUGAUAUUGAAGAGGUUGUGGUUGUCUUUUUUUAUUGUUUUUGGAAUUUGAAAUUGAUUUUAAUUUUCAUUUACUGUAAGUUGUUCCAGAUUCAGUAUCAUAUGAUUAAUUUAGUUACUUGUUCAUCUAAUUUUCCUUAUUUAAUUUUUCUGACAUCAACAGAGCAUGGCCAACCAGAUCAAAUUACAACAUCAUUAGUCCCUCAGAGGAACUCCUUGGUUUUCUUUGAAGUGACUCCUGUUUCAUUUCAUCAGGUUUGUAAAUCAAACAUCUCAUUAACUGCCUGCAAACCUAUGUGUAGAUGACUGUAACUCUCUGAGAGCCUUCCACAUAGACUUAAUGGCAAUCCUAUGAGAGGAUAAAACUUACAAAAUUUGUAGGGAAUUGCUUUCCAGUUUAGACCAUGUUUGCUUUAUGAUCUCUUAUCAUAAAUCAUGAGAGACAAUAAAAGAAAUAAUAUACCAUGAUAGAAUCACUGUAAGUAAUCAUGUUGGGUGCAGAGAAGCUGGCUUAACAACUCUAUUGUUUGUCCCAGUUUAGGUCGCUGAAGUGUUGUCACUUAAUAAAACACGACUGUCAAUCAGCGGAUGGUUCCAUGGAGACAACAUUGACAGACCUGUACCCUAUCAAGAGCCACACCCUAAAUCACAAACACCUUGUGCUAUGGAGGUAAAUAGAGCAGGCUAAUGAGAAUUUGCAUGUGAAAUCAAAGGAUAAUCUUGGUAAAAGUCUUGGUAUAGUAAGAUGGGGUUUGAAUUUAUAAUUUAUUAAUUUUGUGUGGCUGUAGACUUGCUGUGUUGUGAAAUUGAUUUGUUUUGUGUUUUUGUUUAGGAUGAGGCACUUGUGGAAUGGAUCAACCCCAUGUAUCUUGAUACAGGUGUUGUGAAAGACAUCAGGGCACGAUUUGAAGAAGAGUCAGAAAUACAGCUUCAGGAAUUUCUUCUGGUAAAUUUUUGUUCUGUUACAGCACUUGAAUUAACUUCUAAGCAGGCACCAGUUAAGCUGCCCAGUUAACAUACUGGUAUUUCUGUUUGGACAUAAUCUGUCUCUGGCUGGUAGAAUAAUUAUGUUUACAUGUAUAUGUUGCAGUUAAUUUUUUUAUCUCAGGAAAUUUUUCUUUUUCCUUUGUUUCAACUUCAUUAGCCAAAAACAAAAGAAAAACAAAAAUUACCUGAGACAAAAAAUUAACUACAAAAUAUACAAAAAGGAUUUUUUUAUCAACAAAAAAGUCACAGAAGGACUGUUGAAAACAUAAGCCUUUUAUUAUGCAAAUUAACUUACUUUCACCUUCAAAUAAAACUCUCUUUGCAAAUGAAACUAAUAGUGUAUGUAAAACAUGGGUAAGAAGUAACGUUUUUGAAUGUGACUGCUUUCUUUAGGAAGAGAAAUAUCAUGAAGUGUUUGAAGCACUGCACAGUGAGAAUGUUAAUUGGAGAUGGCGAGGGCCAGCCAAUAAAAGGUAACAUAGUCAAUCAGUGCAAAAUGCAGACUGCAGACUGUUGCAGACCAUUGUUUUCAUCAUGCAAAAUAGAACAAGACAAGAAUAGUUCCAUUGUUUUCUAACCCUGAAAACCAUGGUCUGCAGUCAGUCUGCAGUCUGCAUUUUGUACCGUCCAGUAACAUAGUUCAUACGGCAUGGUGGAUGUACAAAUCCAGUAGUACCAACCAAAUUAACAUUUCGUUAUUUUGACCAUAUUCUUUGAGCCCAAAUUUCAAAACACUUCUAAAGUUAGAGUUUACAGCAAGUGACAAAGUUAAUUUGUAUCAUACAUGUGACCUCUUUUUUGUGCAACCUCAUAAGAGAUACCCAUAACCUUUCUGGUUAAGAAUGGCUAAGGACGGUUUUUAUUGGCUCUAUUUUCCUUGUUUUGUACAUUAUCCCAAUGAAAGGUAUUUACAGCAACCCUUCCUUUCCUUUAUGUGUUUUCCUUUUCUGGAAAACUAUCAGUUAGGUUGAACAUCAGUUAAUAAUUUGUUUUGUAUUUUGUGGUAGACAUUUCGAACAAGCUGUCGAGGAGUCAUUGCCACCUAUAGUUCAACAGCUGACCAAGUUACUGCAGUCUCAACCGAUGUUCAAAUUACUAAGGACUAUGACAGGACUAGGAAUGGCUGACGUACCACUCAGUGAUGAUGAUGAUGAUGACAGUGAUGAUAAUGACGGUGAUGAAGGAAGGAAGGUAUAGGGUGAAGAUGGAGGAGAAGUCUGAAUGCAGAAUUCACGCGCGAAAAUUUGUUGCGAGCCCUAAAAAAGGCUAUAAAAUGUUCGCGAAUUUGAGAAAAAGGGUUCUUCGGAUUGUACAGUCAAAGUAAAGGUAGAAAGAUCAUUCAAGAUUCACUAAAAUAAGGGAUGAAGACAUGAGUCAGCUGUCAAGCUCGUUGAUGUAUAGAAUGUCACGUAAGACUUGUUUUUCUUGAUGAAGUAGACAAGAGUUGGUCUGUUCGUUGAGACUUGUUUCGAAUGCCAACCUUAGCCGUUUGAAUUCACUCUUCCAUACGAAUAAAUUUCGAAAUAUAAAUGGAACUGUCUGUUGAUCACCUUACGUGUAAAACUGAGUCCGUCGUUAAAUAUUGAUUAUUAUUAAUUUGUUUCUAAUUAACGCCAUCUUUAUCUCUAUAGGAUGCUAAUAAAAACAGAGAGCAGAUCCCUAGUUGCCAUGGUGAUAUACGCCGUUGGGGGCAUGGUUUUUAUACGUUAAUUCAUGAUACUGAUCCUGAAGGAGCCGAGUUUGCUUUAGAUGCUUUGUUAUACAUCGGUGGAAAAGGUGAGUACACUGCAGCCUCGUUCCCAGUCGUCUUCAGCGAUAUCGGAUGUGACGUCACCUGUCGAGCAAUUGCGCUCAGUUCCAAGCCUCUUCCGCCCAUUCAGAUAGCGCGAGCUGACCAGGGGACGAGGCUAAGUACACUCUAAACGGUCACCGCUCUUCUUUAGGCGGAAAAAGGCGAGAAAGAAAGGCUAACAACACAAAUGAAGACGGUCGACUGAAAACGGACCUGAGAGAACGGACCUAAAUAAUAGUGUAUGGUUUAGCCAAAAGAAAACUAAAGAUGAAAUGUCAUUAACCAACUGUUAAAUAGUAAGUUGUAAACCAAGGGCCUUAUAUAAAAAGAAACAACCUACUGAAUUUAUUAUUUGUUAUUUUCCACGCUUUGUUUUGUCAGGUUGGAAGAGCGAUUAUGGAGGAUAUACCACGUAUUUGACCAGCGGAGAAGACGAAGAGGUAUUUUGCAACAUUGUUUGGGAGAAAAAAAAAAGUUCUUUCUUUUUACUUGGUUAAGGGCUAGAAUGUAAGGAUGAUUGACUAAACCUUCCAAAUCUUCCUUGCAACGAAUUCAUAUGAAAUACGGAGUUUUCUUCUCAAAUUUUUCUUUUUAAUUGGGAAUUUAUUUGGGAAAAGCUUAUGUACUAUGUGCAUUAUUUUGCUUUGCAAAGCAGUAUAAAUUUAUAAUGAAAUGCCAAGGGUCGAAAUCGACUAACGACGACUCAAGGCUUGAAAUGCACUGCGCAGCCGCAAUGAUAGUCCCACCCAAUAAAUCGUUACCGUAUAUCGCUUGUCGAGGACCAGCAGUGAAAAGGCGAAACUUCGUUGUCAAAGAUUGGAGUGUCCUUAGUGAGACAAAAUUUAAAAAGAACGCUAACAAUGGGGUAUUCCUUAACUAAAAAAAUGCACUUUAUUUGAGUGUAAAUAUAUGCGGCACGAAAGUACUAAUUGAGGGCUCUAUUUUUACGUGACUGCCAUUUCCCCAUUGUCAUCCGAGCCACGCGAAGGUCUUGCCUUUGGCAGUGCAAAGGCAACACCUUUUUUUCUCAGUCAUUUUAAGUCCCUAAGUAUUGGUCCGGCCCCGGGAAUCGAACCCGCGACCUGCCGCUCUGCUUUCAAGGGCUCUACCAACUCGGCUAGUCCUGGCGAGCUGAACUGUGGCAAAAGUUUACCGCCUGGCGUAGCAGCAAGCCACACUGAUUACAACUCUGUUUGUAUUGUUUCCCGUAGCUGUUAACCGUUCAUCCUCAAGAAAACUCCUUGGCUUUGGUUUACAGAGACAAAGAAACUGUUCGAUUUGUGAAACACAUAAACCAUUCCUUGCUGACCAAUGAGGGCUCUGCUGACAGACACCUCAACUUUCUUGACUUUUCUUUUGUGUAUUUUGAAUGACGACAAAACAUCAACUCGGUUAAAUCUCUCGUAAUUGACCCUUAAACAAUUUCUUCAGGGCUCUGGUAAAUUUUCCGCUGUGAGGUUAGCUUUUUAAAAUAUCCCAAUAAGCUAUUCUAUAGUUUGCUUAAAUGUUUAGCUUGAGUGAGGAAAAAAAACAGAAAGCAGUAUAAUUUACU